AUGGAAGAGAAUACAGUUAUUUUAAUUAAAUAUGAUUCAUGUGGAUCUUUCGCCAGUGUAAAAAAGAAUGUUGAAGUGCAAGCUUACAUUGAUGGCCAUGAUUACUUUCAGGCUAUCGAGAGAGCUAUUUGUGAAGCAAAAAAAGAAAUCUUGAUUAUGGGAUGGUGGCUUUCUCCUGAACUUUAUCUCUUAAGACCUUGCGAUAAAGAUGAAGAAAGUCUUCGUCUUCAUUCUCUUCUUAAGAAGAAGGCUGAUGAUGGAAUCAAGAUUUUUAUUAUACUCCAUCAAGAGCAACCAGAAUAUUUUAAAAUAGAUUCUCAACAUAGUGAAGAAAUGUUACAACACGAUAAUAUUUUUGUUCUGAGGCAUUCUUCUGGUAACAUUGCAUCAGUCGCCUUCGAUAAUUUGAUGAAUAUUUUCGAUUUGAGUAUUCCCAACGUUGAUAGCAUGAACUUGGCUUGGUAUCACCAUGAAAAAGUUGUAGUUAUCGAUCAAUAUGAAGCAUUUAUCGGUGGUAUAGAUUUGUGCUUUGGUCGCUACGAUACUAAGGAACAUACUCUCACUGAAGCUUCUAAAACUUAUAAGAGUAAUGAAGUUUGGCCUGGAAAAGAUUAUACCAAUCCCAGAAUUAAAGAUCUUGAGUUUGUACGUGUAUGGAAAGAGUCUUUGAUUAAAAAGUCAAAAGACGCAAGAAUGCCAUGGCAUGAUGUUUCCAUCUCUUUUAAAGGAAAAUGCGUGCUGGAUCUCGUCUCACAUUUUAAUCAACGAUGGGAGUUCAUUAAAGGAAAACAGAUUGCCAUUUUCACUCCAGAAAUUAAACCUUCGCCAGAUCAGAUUUCUGAACUUGAGAUCGACUUCGACAAUCUUGGUACUUGUAAUGUCCAAAUUCUUCGAAGUUGCGGAAACUGGAGCGAUGGCAUUGAUCUUGAGAAAUCUAUACAAAAUGCUUAUAUUGACAUGAUUCACAAAGCGGAACAUUUUAUUUACAUUGAAAAUCAAAUUUUUCUUACAUCUACUAAAAAAGAACACGAUAAACACGCUAAAAAUCUGAUCGGAGAGGCGAUCGCUGCUCGUAUUAAAAGAGCAAUUGAAGAAGAAAAAGAAGACAGCCGAUUUAGGACAAUUAUAAUAUUACCUUUACUCCCAGAAAUACCGGGUGAUCUGGACUCCACUAACCUACAAUUAUGUCAAAUUGUUCGUUAUCAAUAUCAAUCUAUUCGAGGGUUGAUGAGUACUAUUUCAGACAUUUGCAAGGAAAAGGGAAAACUACCAGAAGAUUACAUUACAUUUUAUGGACUUCGUAAUUGGGGUAUUAUUGGAAAAAAUAAACAAGAUUUAUUCAAUUCAGAGAAUUUCAAAGACAUCUCUACUAAAGAUAUUGUCACUGAACAAGUGUAUGUUCAUUCUAACAUCAUGAUAGUUGAUGACAGGAAAGUAAUUUGUGGUUCAGCAAAUUUGAAUGACAGAUCAAUGAUUGGUGAUUGUGAUUCCGAAAUUGCCGCUAUAAUAGAAGAUACGCAAAUGGUUGAUUCUAAAAUGAAUGGCAAAUUGUGGAAGGCGAGUAAUUUUGCUUACACCCUUCGAAAAAAACUCUUUAUGGAACAUAUCGGUCUAUCUGAUGAUAAAGAUCAUUUGGUGGUAGAUCCUAUAUGUGAUUCCUUUUACAAAAAUAUAUGGCUCAAUAAAGCCAAAUAUAAUACUAAAAUUUUUAGAAAUAUUUUUCAUUGUAUUCCGGACGAUAAUGUUUUAAGUUGGAAGGCUUGUAAAGAGUUUGUUUCCAAAUCAAAUCCAGGUCAUAUGUGUUCUAAUCACUCAAUCGGCGAAGUAGCAGAACAGCUUGCAAGAGUUUAUGGUCAUUUAGUACAAUUCCCUUUGCAAUUUAUGAAAAGAGAAAAGUUUUUUGAUUA